CCAAUGGGUGGAGUUUGUGGAGGUCCAGACACUAAAGCGUCAGGAUUUUUGUUGUAGUUAAACUUCAGGUGAUGCUCAGAGUUUGAAAGUCUGGUCUGCAUCACCUGUUGUACAUAAUGAGGGAUUUGUCGUGGGGUUUGUGUGAAAUGUUUGGGAUGUUUUUCUUGGCUACUGCUUUUCUCACACCACAUGUGUGGGCCCAAGGCAGCACGCAGGAUUUUGUGGUGGAGGCGAGAAACAUCACAGUUUCUGCGGGGUCAAGGCUCGUUCUACCAUGCCAUAACCAUCAAAUUGUGUGGAGGCAGGAUCAUCUUCGGGACCGGCAACGUGUGGUGCACUGGGACCUGAACCGCAACCGCCCUGAAUACACAGUUGAGCGUGUUCUCGACAUGUUCUCAGGAGGGACAGAGCGCGUCUAUAACGCCUACAACAAGGGCCGGGUCACCGUGUCCAAAGAAGCCUUUAGUGACGGCAACUUCUCUCUUAUCAUCCAUAAUGUUGAUAUGAACGAUAAAGGCACCUAUACUUGCAACCUGCAUCACCAUUACUGCAAGAUCGACCAAUCCAUUCAAAUCAAGUUAAAUGUCACUAAGUCACCGCGUAAGGAGAGGCGUGUAUGGGAUGGGGAGAAGCCUGUCUUUGUGGUGUUGGAGGGCAGCAGCGUGGUCUUGCCCUGUAUAAACCGACGACCUCUUUGGAGGGGAGGGCUCCAAGAGGACCAGCAGCAGGUUGUGCACUGGGACUUUCAGCGUCCAGGAGUGAGGCGUGACCAGGCAGACCGGCUUCUCGAUCUGUACGCCUCUGGAGAGAAACGGGAGUAUGGGCCACUGUACCUCAGCAAGAUGCACAUCUCAGAUGACGCCUUCCUCAUAGGUGAUUUCUCCCUCACAAUUGAUGACAUCCAGCCCUCUGAUAAAGGCCUAUACUCAUGCCACCUGCACCAUCACUACUGUGGCCUGAACGAGAGACGCAUCUUCCGGGUGAUUGUGGGGCCUCCUGUGUUUCCUGCAGCUGUUCCUACUGAUGCUCUGACUACUCAACCUGCUAAAACUAAAACCACACAAACCCCAGAAGACACACAUAAAAACCCUGAUAUAAACAAGGUAGAAGCCUCACAUGUGUUUAACGUCAUCCUGCCUGAGAGCCAGACUCACCUCUUACACCAGGCUGGUUAUAUCCUGGCUUUCUUCCUAAUGCUACUGCUGAUGCUCAUAGGAAUCAUCAUGACCACAAGACACUGCAAAAAGAAAGGACUGGAGUAUGAUAUUAGGAGGGCUGACCGGAAUCACAGGAUGGAAAUUGAAAUGCAAGCUACUGAACUGAGACCCUACAAUCAGGAAGUCCGACUUGACUACAAGAACAACAUAAUGAAAGAAAGAGUGGAGAUGAACAACUACUGUGCCCCAAAAGAGAUCGAUCUCAACAGAGAAAUGGAGAAAUAUUCAUGUAAGUAACUGAAGAUAGGCUGCUGGCUGGUCCAGGGCAUGCUCUACAGGAUUCAGAAAAACUGCAGGAGUACACAAUGAAGCUUUACUGUACAGUUCACAGGAGACUCUCCAAGUCCAAACACCUACAUGCUUGUAUUAUGUCUGUUUCGAAUGUAACGAAUUACGGUGAUUUGUGCAAAAACAUUUUUUCCUUGAAGUAAACAUACUUUGCCAUUGAAAGGUCAGUAGUCUGUGUUUUAUGGCAGCGGUGUCCAAUCUUAUCCGAAAAGGGCCGGUGUGGGUGCAGGUUUUCAUUCCAACCAAGCAGAAGCCACACCAGAGUCUACUAAAAGCCAAGAAAAACUGAUUAAACAGGUGGAAUCAGGCUUCUGGCUUCUGCUUGGUUGGAAUGAAACCCUGCACCCACACCGGCCCUUUGUGGAUAAGAUUGUACACCGCUGUUUUAUGGUGUAAAUGUAGUGUGCUGUAAUUCUAAUCUGUUAUAACAAGUGUAAACAAAUGCAACUGAUAGCAAUAAGGAACAUCGAUUCUGAUACCAGUUUCAGUAAACAGCUUCGCCCUGCUAACCUGAACUAGAAUAAAUGCAUUGAAUGCUUUUACUGAAACCAAAUGAAAUGUGUCUGAGCGAGUCUGAUUAAAAAAAAACCACUCAGGAAGUCUAACUUUUUGUGGUUAGAGGGUUGCAAACCACAAGAUGUGGUAUGUACUUGUGUAAGUGGUAUGACCUUCUUAUGUCUCCUUCAUACAUGUACCGAAAUAUUCUGUGUAUUUUAGUGCCAUUUCCAUACCUAUUGGUAACCAUUUCUUUAUCUACUUUUAUUGUUUAAGCGCACAGCACUAUGCAAUCAUGUUAUCCUGCCACAUGAUAGACGCACCGAGAGAAUAGUAGUAGUUCUAGUUUAUAAUUAGGUCUAAAAGUGUGCAUUACACAGACUUGAGAAAGCUAUGUAUAUUUAGUGUGCAUUUCUUACAUUUAUUUUUCCUUAGUAUGACCCAGGAUUGCAAAUACCGUCUCAUACGACGCUGAUCUUUAUGACUGAGUUUUGGGCAUGUGAGAAACAACACACUGACUCAGAAGAUCUUAGGCGACCUUACAGCUUUAUUACGCAGUGCUUUUAUGAAACAGCAUUGGAUGCAAAGAGGCUGAGCAGAUUCUACUGGUAUGAAGAGCUUUGUACAAAACAUUUCGAAUUUAAUAAAUGUUUGCUGUGAA